AUGGCGAUGAUGACUGGCCGUGUGCUGCUGGUGUGUGCCCUCUGCGUGCUGUGGUGCGGUUCCGGCGGUAGGUGUGAAGAGGAGGUGGUACCUGUUGCCGAUUUACCUGCUAAUUCUGAGAGUGGUUCUGGAGGUCCCGAAAAAGACACCGAUCAUACGGUGCCUGGUGGAGCGGAAAACCUUUCUGCACAGCAAUCACAGCUGAAUAAGGUUAGGGGUUCGCCACCCGGGAUAUCGUCAUUGGAAGCUCCCUCAGAGGUUGAAUCAAAAAAAAAGCACACGCAAUCCGACCCCGAACAUACGGAUUUACUUUCACCUUCAAAAUCAUCGGGAGAACAGCGGCAAGAUGGAACACCCGAUGGUACACCAGGGAGACUGGCGACUUCUCACAGUCAAGAGGACAGGAAACAUCCAUCCAUUGAGGGUCCAGAGAGAAAUGGUCCGCCAUCUUCUUCAAGUAACAACAAUACCGUCGGCCGCAAGAGUGAGGAGCGCACAGAAGAUACUCCGAGCAGUACUGAAAUUAUUGUUGCCGCACCGUCUGAAGAGGGACAGGAGCGUGAAAAUGUCGCUGCUUCCUUGGAACAACCCGAGGGAAAUUCCACGGCCGCACCGGCCAUUACCACUCAAACAAUUUCCACGACACCGACUGACGACGGUACUGUGGACACCGUCAGAAUGAGUGAUGCAGCAGAACAAUCAACAGGAACCGCUCAAACAAAUCAUACGAUGACACCUGGCGACAGUGACAGCAGCACCGCGGUCUCCCACACCACUUCCCCUCUUUUGCUUCUUCUUGUUGUUGCGUGUGCGGCUGCUGCUGCGGUGUUGGCCGCGUGA